UUGGAAAGCUGACUUCAACUUCGAAGAUCCUAUCAAUCUCCAAACACAUACUUGAAAGGAUGAUUUAUGAACAAAACCCGCGAACUCUUAACUCCACCCUCUCUCGCUCUCAAUUAUCGUCUCAAUUUAUUUCCUUUUUUUUUUCUUUCUGAAAACAUGUCUCGAAAGAGAGAAAAACCCUACUUCUCCCGUCACGCCCCAGCUUCCAUCUCUAAACGGCGUCGUCCUCUGCCACCUCACCCGCCACCUCCGCCGUCUUCUGAGAAUGAGGCCAAACCAAAGCCGCCACCGGCUGUUAUUGUCAUGGGUCUUCCCCCGAAUUGCUCGGUGCUCGAUUUGAAGUCGAGGUUUGAGAUCUACGGUUCGAUCUCUCGCAUCCGCAUCAAUUGUGAUGCUGUCGGUUACAUUGUAUAUCGCACUAAGGAAUCCGCCGAGUCCGCCAUUGCGGCUUCCCUUGAUUCCUCUUUCGGCAUUACCGUUGAUUCUAAAAGGGUUCAAGUUUUGUGGGCAACUGAUCCUUUAGCUCAAUGGAGAGACGGAAUAGGGGUUAAUGCUAACAACGAUAAAGGGGCAACAUGUUCAUCAAAGCUCUUGAGGCCUGAGGUGCCUUUAAGCAGGCAUGGAAGAAGUAAUAAGCUUGCAUCAGCCAUAGUCAACCCAAGAACCACUGAUGAUGGUUCUUCAAUGUUAGAAUUGCCAUUUAAAGGUAGAGAAAUUGUUGCCUAUGAUGACAUUCUCUAAUGCAGGACGUGUGAGUGUUCUUGGGAUCUGUCUACUUUGUAACAAUAGUGCUAGUUGUUAUGAAUUAGGUUCAUUUUCACUCUAAUUUCUAGAAAUCUAAUGUUUUUAGGGUGAAAAUGGUUUGUGUGUUGGAGUUGAAGGAAUGGUGUUGUUUUGGUUUAUGGCCUACUAAAGAUGUUCCUCUAGUAGCAAAGAAUGGAAUGUCUUCUUUAUUUUAUUUAUAUUGAUCAUAGUUUUUUUGUUAUAUAUUUUUUGAUAUGUUUUGAAAGAUUCAAGUGUUUCUUGAUUGUUGAGUAUGGGUGUUUGUUUAAAA